UUUUUGACAUAUAUUUUAUAUAAGAAAAAAUGGUAGACGCUUUUGAAUACCUUGAAAAGACUUUAAAGGAGAGAAUUAUGUUCCUUGAUGGUGCCAUGGGCACAAUGGUUCAACUGUUGAAACUCCAGGAAUCCGACUUUCGAGGUCAAGAGUUUUUGACUUGGGCUAAAGAUUUGAAGGGUAACAAUGAUUUAUUGACAUUGACUAAGCCUGAAGCGAUCUACACCAUCCAUCGUCAAUACUUGGAAGCAGGUGCUGAUAUGAUUGAAACCAAUACUUUCAGUUCUACUUCUAUUGCUCAAUUGGAUUAUGGUUUAGAAGAUUAUGCCUACCGUCUUAAUAAAGAAGGUGCUGCUCUUGCCCGUAGAGCUUGUGAUGAUGUGGCUAAAGAGACGGGUAUUCCUCGUUUUGUCUGUGGUGCAGUAGGUCCUACUAACCGUACCUGUUCCAUUUCUCCCUCUGUCGAGAACCCUGCCUUCCGAAACGUCACUUUUGAUGAACUCGUGGUUGCUUAUUCCGAACAGGUGCGUGGUUUAUUGGACGGUGGUGCUGAUAUUUUGUUGGUUGAAACCAUUUUUGAUACUUUAAAUGCAAAAGCAGUCUUAUACGCUAUCGAUGUCGUAUUUGAAGAGGACAACCGACCCAAGGUCCCCCUUUUUAUCUCAGGUACCAUUGUAGAUCAAAGUGGUCGUACUUUAUCUGGACAGACAUGUGAAGCUUUUGUCGUGUCAUUAAGUCAUGCUAAACCUAUGGCUUUUGGUUUGAAUUGUGCUUUGGGUGCUGAUCAAAUGAAACCUUUUGUUCAAAACAUGAGUCGAUUCUCUGACUCUCACAUCAUUUGUUAUCCUAACGCCGGUUUACCCAAUGCAAUGGGUGAGUAUGAUGAAACUCCUGAAGCCAUGGCCAAGAAUGUUGAACCAUUUGCCAAGGAAGGACUUGUAACGAUUGUGGGUGGAUGUUGUGGUACAACACCUGCACAUAUCAAGGCCGUAGCUGACGCCUGUCGAAAAUACAGCCCCCGUGUGCGACCUGCUCCCAGAAACGAUGUGAUGUUAUUGUCCGGUUUGGAAGUACUUCGUGUGGAUGAAACAACGGGUUUUGUUAAUGUGGGUGAACGUUGUAAUGUUGCAGGAUCUCGUAAAUUCUGUAGACAUAUUUUAAAGGGCGAAUACGAAGAGGCUUUAGCUAUUGCACGAUCUCAGGUUGAGAACGGUGCACAAAUUGUGGAUGCUAAUUUUGAUGAAGGUUUAUUGGAUGGUAAAGUAGCCAUGACCAAGUUCUUAAACAUGUUGGCGUCAGACCCUGAUUGUUCUCGUGUUCCUUUAAUGGUGGAUUCUUCCAAUUUUGCGGUCAUUGAGGCCGGUUUACGUUGUGCACAAGGUAAAUGUGUUGUAAACUCCAUUUCCUUGAAGGAAGGUGAGGAGGAUUUUAUCAAGAAGGCCAAGAUUGUCAAACGUUUUGGUGCUGCUGUCGUUGUCAUGGCUUUUGAUGAAGAGGGUCAAGCCGCUGAUGCUCAACGCAAGAUUGAAAUCUGUACUCGUUCCUACAAGAUCCUUGUGGAGCAAGUUGGUAUCAACCCCUAUGAUAUCAUUUUCGAUCCCAAUAUUCUCACUAUCGCUACCGGCAUGGAGGAACAUAACAACUAUGGUGUGGAAUUCAUCAAUGCCUGUAUCGGUAUCAAGAAGACUUUACCAGGAGCCAAGAUCAGUGGUGGUGUAAGUAACUUAUCCUUCUCUUUCCGAGGUAUGGAAAAGGUACGUGAGGCCAUGCACUCUGUGUUUCUUUACCAUGCCAUUAAAGCUGGUAUGGACAUGGGUAUUGUCAAUGCUGGUUUCUUGACAGUGUAUGAUGAAAUCCCCAAGGAUCUUUUGCAAUUAUGUGAAGAUGCGCUUUGGAAUCGUGACCCCGAAGUCACUGAGAAAUUGCUGGAUUAUGCUAAAUUGCAUUCCAAGGAUAUUAAGAAGGAUGAAGAUUUAGAAGAAUGGAGAGCUUGGCCUGUCACACAACGUAUCUCUCAUGCGCUUGUCAAGGGUAUUGUCAAGUAUAUUGUGGAAGAUACUGAGGAGGCUCGUUUGGAUAAGGAAAAGUAUCCUCGUUCUUUAAAUGUCAUUGAAGGCCCCUUGAUGGCUGGUAUGACCGUUGUAGGUGAUUUGUUUGGUAAAGGCAAAAUGUUCUUGCCUCAAGUCAUUCGUUCUGCUCGUGUGAUGAAGAAGGCUGUUGCUCAUUUGGUCGAAUACAUCAAGAUUGAAAAGGAACAAGAUAUGGCCGUCUCUGGUGAGACCGAAGUGCGUGGUAACGGUACAAUUAUUAUGGCCACUGUCAAGGGUGAUGUUCAUGAUAUCGGAAAGAAUAUCUGUGGUGUUGUAUUGGGUUGUAACAAUUACCGUGUAGUGGAUUUGGGUGUAAUGGUUCCCUAUGAUCGUAUUAUUAAGGCGGCCAUUGAAGAAAAGGCGGAUGUAAUUGGUCUUUCUGGUUUGAUCACACCUUCCUUGGAAGAGAUGUGUAUCACUGCACGUGAAUGUGAAAAGGCUGGACUCAAGAUCCCCAUCAUGAUUGGUGGAGCUACUACGAGUAAGAUGCAUACGGCUGUCAAGAUCGCCCCCAAUUAUUCCAACCCUGUUAUUUAUGUGUUGGAUGCCUCACGUACUGUACCUGUGGUUGCUAGUCUCUUGAACGACAAGUUACGUGAUGACUUUGUUGAGGAUAUUCGUGAAGAAUACAACGAAAUGCGUGAAGAAUAUUACGAAGGUUUAGAGGACCGUAAGUUGUUAUCUCUUGCCAAUGCACGUAAUAAGAAGAUGUCCAUUGAUUGGAUCAAGAACCCACCUGCUCCUAAACCCACUUUCUUGGGUGAAAAAGUGUAUGAUGAUUAUCCCUUGGAGAAAUUAGUGGAGCAUAUUGAUUGGAACCCCUUCUUCCAAGUGUUUUCUUUACGUGGAAGAUACCCUAACCGUGGAUUCCCCAAGAUCUUUGAUGAUGAACAUGUAGGAGAAGAAGCCAAAUUGCUUUACAAGGACGGUCGAGAGAUGCUUCAGAUGAUUCUCGAUAAGAAGUUGUUGACCGCACGCGGUAUUGUGGGUUUCUAUCCUGCUCACUCCAACGGUGAUGAUAUUGAGAUCUAUACCGAUGAAUCCUGUGAAAAGGUCGCUGGUGUCUAUUACGGUUUGCGUCAACAAGUUGAAAAGGAUACAGAGGAACCUUAUUACUGUCUUUCUGAUUUUGUGUCACCUAAGGCAUCAGGUAUUCCUGAUUACCUCGGUAUGUUUGCAGUCAGUACCGGUUUUGGAUGUGAGAAGCUUGUAGAGGAAUAUGAAGCGGAUGGAGAUGAUUACAAGAGUAUUAUGGUGAAGGCCAUUGCGGAUCGUUUGGCUGAAGCUUUUGCUGAAGCACUUCAUGAAGAGGUGCGUAAGAAUGAUUGGGGAUAUGCCUCUGAUGAGAGAUUAUCUGCUGCAGAUUUGUUUGCGGUACGUUAUCAAGGUAUUCGACCUGCUCCUGGUUAUCCUUCUCAACCUGAUCAUACGGAAAAGAAGACGAUGUGGGAUUUAGGAAAGAUUGGAGAGAAGACGGGUAUUGUGUUGACCGAAUCUUUGGCGAUGGAUCCACCUUCCAGUGUCAGUGGUUUAUACUUUGGUCAUGAACAAAGUAAAUAUUUUGCUGUUGGAAAGAUUGACAAAGAACAAAUUUUGGAUUAUUCUCAACGUAAGAAUAUGCCUGUAGCCGAUGUAGAAAAAUGGCUUGGUACUAUCCUUGCCUAUGACAAUUAAAAUAAAUAAUAAUAAUAAAAAAAAAAAUACCAUAUUUCACUCUU